UGAACACACUGGCGGGCAGUGCUUGGAUGCGCCUCAGUCAGCCUCGCGCAUCCAGACUCAAAUGCCCCCUUGGCAUGAGCUUUCUUCAAAAUGAACCACGCAAACACACCUCGAGCUCUCAAACGCAUUCUCGUCGCAAGGCUAUAAGUCUAUAUUUACGAUCGCGAUCACGAUCACGGUCUUGUAGUCGGCGUCUUUCUAGCUAGGCUCAUAUUCGAUACGGAUAGCUCUGGGAAUGAACGUGGUGGUGGGCGUUUCGGAGCUCGAAUACAGGGGGGCAUGACCAACCAGCCAAUCAGGGCAGAUGAUGCCCUGCUGCUGACGCACUCUGGCCUCAGGCAGACCAUGUUUCUCUUCUGUUGGUCGGACAGGGCCUUGCUUGAAAAGGGCGGGGUGGGUCAGCUCAGCUGCACCCAGAACAUGAAGGGAUCAGGAUCCGAUCAGGCUGUAGCCACAUCUUCCAUCUCCCCCAUCUCCAUCACCAUCAAAACCAGAGGGGACAGGAUGGAUCAGAACAAUUACGCAGCGGACGAGAGUACCGCUCUCGCCAGCUCUCGCCAGCAAACAGUCGGAGCCAAAGGGACCUCGGGUGUGCCAUCCUGGAACGCAGUCUCGGCGAACCAGAGCGGCUGCGAUAUCUUUGAGCUGUUUGAGGUUUACAGGCGAUCGGCAAACCGCUACCUCAACCAAUAUUUCGAGUGCCUGGAUCGCCUUCCAGCCUCCAGUACUGAGCUCGGGGCGUAUAGCCGGUCGCAAGAAGUCUCUACCCGCGACGGCUCCGAAGCAGAGAAGAAUGUCUGGCUCUUGAAGAUUUCGCAUGACAGCGCGGUGCGGGAUCUGACGGUGCUAGACGAGAUCCUUGACAAGGCCAAGGAACAAGAGAAGCCUCCAAGGAGAACCGUCUCUCCAGGCGCAGCGGCAUGGACGUUUGCGUGCUCCAUUCUUGCCUUUGCGGUGCCGCACAAGGUAUCAUCUGCUAUUUUCAAAGUCGGUGCGCUUGCUGGCGCUCUACUCUUCACUUUUGGCCUGCUUCGGAAACAGACGCGGGUGAGCAGGCUGGGCCCUGUUCAGCACAAGAUCCAAGGGUUGAUCCGGUCGUUUGAGGAGGGGACGAUGCGGCACCGGGAUCGGGGUGAGGUCCUGGUCUCGCCGUUAGACUCCAUCACGAGGCGCUAGGUUCUGUUCUUGACAGGCGGGUGAGGGGUUAGAUACCUUGUUCUUGUUCAGUGCUGCUUGUCGAACCGUUGCCUUCAAGGACCACAAUGCGCCCUCCGGUGCCGAUGUCCGUUCUUGAACACGUUAGCUCCGGAGAGCUCGGGGUGAAUGUUGAAGUUCCUGUCUAUGUUUUGUUGAUCUUACGCCGAUCUCGAUGACCCUAUCCCACAUGCUGGUGUCCUCUGCCGUGUUCCCUGCAUUCUAGGCGGUAUUUGGAGUUGUUGUAUCAUAGAACCUUCAAAAUAUAAUUCCUUUCAGCCACUCACCUUGACGAAACA